AAGGGUUGCGCAGGAUGCAUGAUGUAAACAAGGAAGUGAGAUGCCUUAGCGACACCUCGUCUUUUUAUGUAUUUUCUAACAUUAAACUAUACAUGUUUGUUAUAUUGUCCUAUGAAUAGUAAAACUGUCUAGAAUGGAUCACAGGCAUAGAGAGAUUCUUCGGCAGAAAAGAAGAGACCUUGUGGAGAGUUUAGACCCUUCGGAUGUCUACGAUGGGCUUUUGUCAAGGGGCAUCUUUACUGGCGAUAUGAUAGAUGAGAUAAAGGUACGAGGACGUGAGGAGAGCUCUGGGACCAGGCGAAGUCAAGCCAGGCAGCUGGUGAGUGACCUAGAGACACGAGGAAAUCGGGCUUUCCCAGCCUUCCUGGAGUGCCUUCGAGAGACUGGGCAACACACUCUGGCUGAACUGCUGGAGAGUGGAGACUCUGCUCCUGUUUCUGUACCUGUUCCUCUCCCUGUGCAGCCUGCUGUAAUCCCCCUCCCUGUCCCAAGGAAUCCUAAAAAGCCAGGAAGAGCUGAUGCUCCUGAGAAACUGCUUCCUCUGAAACCAACAACACUGCCGAUAGGAUCUCCCAAGGAUGAAACUGAAAUCCCUAGAACACCUAGGCCCAGGAGUGAUAGCAUACAGAGCUAUAAGAUGGACGCCAGUCCAUGCGGAGUCUGUCUGAUCAUCAACAACGUGGAAUUUGACGCUGGCACAGAGCUGAAGAACCGCACGGGGUCCGACAUUGACAGUGAAAAGCUGGAGAGACGAUUCAGAUCUCUGAACUUUCAUGUUAUUGUUAAGCGGAACCUAAAAUGUAAGCACAUAAGACAUGAGCUGUCCGUGCUAGCUAAAAUGGAUCAUUCUGAGUAUGACUGCUGUGUGGUGGUCAUCUUGUCACAUGGCACUGAGGCCAGUCACAAUCGCUUCCCUGGAGCAGUCCAUGGUGUGGAUGGUCCCUCUGUCCCAGUACAGAUCAUCACUAACUACCUCACUGGGCAGAACUGUCCAUCUCUGCAGGGCAAGCCCAAACUCUUCUUCAUUCAGGCAUGUGGAGGAGGUGAGAAAGACACAGGCUUUGAGGUCUCACCGGAAGAGGUACAGCACACAGCAGUAAGGCUUGACGAGCAGGCGGACGCCAUCCCCACAUCCUCCAGCAGUGAUUCACUUAGCUUAUCUGAUGAGCCAGACGCUCGGGCCAGCCUCCCCACACCCAGCGACAUCCUAGUGUCCUACUCAACCUUUCCAGGAUAUGUAUCCUGGAGGGACACAAACACAGGCUCGUGGUAUGUGGAGACUCUGGAUUGCGUUCUUGAGACGAACGCUGCCACUGAUGACCUCGCCACCAUGUUAAUACUGUUGAACCAUGAGGUCUCUCAGAUAUCUGCCAAGGGCCUGUACAAACAGAUGCCUGGAUCUUUCAACUUUCUCCGGAAGCUGUUCUACUUUCAGGCACCGAAGACAUGAGGCACUAAUGAUGUGGAAUGGAAUCAACAUUUAAAAAAAAAAAAAAAAAAAAAACUUGAUUCAUUUUAUACGGCACUUUGCUAUUGAGGUAAAGCCUGACACGUCUGUGUGCACUAUAUACUGUCACAGUGCAAUCCGUUAUUAUUGGCACCCUUGGUAAAUACGGGCAAAGGUGGCUUAAAAAUGGUCUUAAUUGUUUAACCUUUUGAUCUUUUGUUCACAAAAUUCUCUGCUUUCAUGGAUAUCGAGCAAUUGCAAAUACAACACAGGUUUAACUAAAAAAAAAAAAGAAAAAUCUUUGUUAAAUAUAGGUGUGCAACAAUUAUUGGCACCCCUAUGAAUUCAUAUGAGAAAAAUAUAUUUGAAGUAUAUUCCCAUUGAUACUUUAAAAAUUUUUUAGUACACCUAGGUGACUAGGAACAGGAAAUUGUUCAACCAUGACUUCCUGUUUCAUAGGGGUAUAAAUAUGAGGUAACACAUAGGCCAAAUUCCCUUAGUCAUUCAUAACCGUGGGUAAGAGCAAGGAAUAUAGCUGUGAUGUGCGGCAAAAGGUUGUUGAGCUUCACACAAUGGGGCGUGGCUAUAAGAAAAUAGCACAAGUAUUGAAAACGCCCAUUUCCACCAUCAGGGCAAUAAUUAAGACGUUCCAGUCAACUCAAAAUGUUAUGAAUCAAGCUGGAAUUGGACGUGUGUCUAUAUCGUCUCAACACACUGUGAAGAGGACGGUUCGAGUGGACGAAAAAUCUGCAAGGAUCACAGCUCUAGAAUUGCAGAAGUUAGUUGUGUAUUGAGGUCAGAAAUUCUCCAAAACUACAAUCUGAAGUCACCGACAUCACCACAAGUUGUUUGGAAGGGUUUCAAGAAAAAAGAUCCUCUACUUUCUCGUUUGCGAUUGCUUGAUAUCCAUGAGAGCAGAAUAUUUUUGUGAUUUUUUUUUUUACAAAAGAGAUCAAUAAACAAUACGGCGAAUUCUUCACAGCCUUCUUUGCUCAUAUUUACCAAGGGUGCCAAUAUUAGUAGAGGGCUCUGUAUCUAUAUAAACAUGUUUACCAUGCUGUUGGAUGCUAAUCCUGGGGUGACCUUUAUUCAUUAGUUUUUAUAUUUACUACUGCAUUUCAUUGUGAAUUUCUGAUCUUUUUUUUUUUUUUUUUAAAUGAAAGGUGCUGUAAUUUGUCUAAAGAUUCACAUAAACACUUCGAUUAUGAAAACCAA